GUUUCCGGGGUCAUAUUAGCUGAGUGGGUGUGUCCUUUCUUCCCCUCUUGUCGUGAGACGUUUUUACUUAAUUGUUAAGAUGGCGACCGUACACUUAAGGAUCGGGGAUUUGGUUUGGGGGAAGCUGGGUCGUUAUCCACCCUGGCCGGGAAAGAUUGUGAGCCCACCAAAGGAUUUGAAAAAACCCAGAGGCAAAAAGUGUUUCUUUGUCAAGUUCUUUGGAACUGAAGAUCAUGCUUGGAUAAAAGUGGAACAGUUGAAACCAUACCAUCCACACAAGGAAGAAAUGAUUAAAAUUAAUAAAGGAAAAAGGUUCCAGCAAGCUGUUGAUGCUGUGGAAGAAUUCAUCAAGAAGGUUAAAGCAAAAGAACAAGCAUUACACAGUUUGGCAGAGGACAAAAACCGAAGUGGUGGAGAUAAGGGUAAAGCGAAUACCACUGAGAGAGGCAGAAAAAAUUCUGGUAAAAAAGUAAAAUCCCGUGGUGGAAAAGAAGAAAUGACCCCACGCAAACGUGGCCGUCCUCCAAAAGAAGACAAGGAGCUGACGCAUGCAGCAUCAUCGACAGUGUCACGGAUGGGACCUGGAACAGUUUCUGGAUUUAAAUGGCAAAGUCAAGUAAACGAUGACCCUCAGUUCCAUCACUUUCUACUCAGUCAGUCUGAGAAGCCAGGGUCUUCAUUAGAGCCCAUUAGCAAACGGCUGAAAAUUUUAGAAGAGGAUACUAGAUCAACGUCUAUUCAAGCUGCAGACAGCACAGCAAUAAAUGGGAACAUAAUCCCCACAGAUAAAAGAAUAGGGUUUUUAGGACUUGGCCUUAUGGGAAGUGGAAUUGUUGCAAAUCUUUUAAAGAUGGGACACAUUGUGACAGUUUGGAAUCGUACAGCAGAGAAGUGUGAUUUGUUCAUUCAAGAAGGUGCAAGAUUAGGACGGACACCUGCAGAGGUUGUUUCUAUGUGUGAUAUUACAUUUUCCUGUGUUUCAGAUCCUAAAGCAGCCAAAGAUUUAGUGCUUGGCCCCAGUGGUGUGCUGCAGGGAAUCAGGCCAGGAAAGUGUUACGUAGAAAUGUCAACUGUGGAUCCUGAAACUGUCGUAGAAUUGUCACAGGUUAUAACCUCAAGAGGUGGUCGGUUUUUAGAAGCUCCAGUUUCUGGGAGUCAGCAACUAUCCAAUGAGGGAAUGCUAGUCAUUCUAGCAGCAGGAGACAGGUCACUAUAUGAAGACUGUAGCAGUUGUUUUCAAGCAAUGGGGAAAAGUUCGUUCUUCUUAGGGGAAGUGGGAAAUGCUGCAAAAAUGAUGCUGAUUCUCAACAUGGUCCAUGGAAGUUUCAUGGCAACAAUUGCAGAAGGCCUGACGUUGGCUCAAGCGACUGGUCAAUCACAGCAGACAUUUUUAGAUAUUUUAAGUCAAGGGCAAAUGGCAAGCACGUUCCUGGACCAGAAGUGUCAAAAUGUUUUACAGGGAAAUUUUAAACCUGAUUACUAUUUAAAGCAUAUUCAAAAAGACCUCCGGUUGGCUAUUGCAAUGGGAGAUUCAGUUAAUCAUCCAACUCCAAUGGCGGCAGCUGCUAAUGAGGUUUAUAAAAGAGCAAAAGCACUGGACCAGUCUGAUAAUGAUAUGUCAGCAGUGUACAGAGCGUAUAUUCACUGAAAAGCAGCCAACAGUUUUAAUCCUGGACCAUUUUUUUCUUGCUUUUUUUAAUUUUAUAAGUGAAUCUGCUCAAAGCUGCUGUAAAUGCAGCAGUAUGAUAUUUUCCCUAAAUUGUGGGGAGAAGUUUUUGAGUAGCCAAACAAGUGAAUUGCACUGACUUUGUUUAAAAAAAAAAAAAAAAAAAAGAGAAAAAAUACAGCAACAACUGCAAUACUCAAUAUUGACUGAGUUAAACAGUGUGUUGCUCUUUGUUUUACUUUGAAAUUUAAAAUGACCCAGAGAAGUAAUUCUAAUGUAUCAUGUAAAGUUAAAUGGUACCCAUGGCAAUGCUCAACAUAGAUUACAGAUCUGUAUUUUAGAUUUAAUGUUCCUUUUGAUCAUAACUUUCAUUUUUGUCAGAGUAUCCUUGUUAUAUAUUGUUGCAGUUUUAUUUAAUUUUCAGUGUAACACUUUGAGUGUCUGGAUUUAAAAAUUUGAUCAUGUUGUAUAUUGGCUGACUGCUGCCGUAUGCAACAUGAGAUAAAGCUGGAGAAGCACCAAGGAAAUGCCACUGCAGUCCAUGAAGUGUUGUCCUGAAUGCUAAAAAUUAUUUAUUACUUCUUUUGUCUAACUUAAUACUUAAGAACAUGUUUGUCUGUUUUCUAUUCAUUGUGCAGUAAAUUACUGUAUACGCCUUUUUCAUGUUGCAGAUUUAUGUGGACUUGUAACCGCUGUUAAAACAUUUUAAAGGAUGCAAAUCCCUUGAAUCUGAGAGAACCGUUUAAAAUUGGACCUUUGCUAAGAGUAUUGGUUUGCUUGAGGAGAAGUGUGAAAAACCUUAGGCUUAACCCUUUGCAGUCGUCGUAUUUAAUUUUCAACGUCAUGCUACAUUAGUCGUAAUUAAUUAUUGAAAAAACGCCAAUAAUUACAGCAGUUAUUUUUUUCAAGCACGUAGGAAUAACACAGGCCACUUUUCUCGACCAGGCGACUGUGCAAAUCGGUCAGAAACUUGCAGGGCCACCAGUGGUGGCCUGACGACCUAUAGCGCACUUUUUACUAAGGCCAGUUUUCUGGCCUAACGACCGCAAAGGGUUAAAACAAUUUUGAUACUUGGUAGAAAGCAGCUGUUUCAUGGGUGUUAUGACUGUAUAUAACUGUUAAUCUCUGGAGAUAUUCCGUUGUUAAUUCCAUUUAUUGUAGAGGGUAGAAAUAGACUCAGACUCAUAAUUCACUUUUUUUUUUUUUUUCUUCCCUUUGGAUUCUGGCAUGUUAAACGUAGCCUGCGUUCACUACUUUUGCUUUACUUAUGGAGUACAACUAUAAUGGCAAUCCUGUUGAUAUUCUGUAUGAUACUGAAUUUUUUUAUGUUGUGAAGGGGUAGGGAAAAUACUGUGUAUUGAUCUCAUUCUUUUAACUGUUUUUUGGAAAGAAUUUAACAUAAACCUGUCGGGUUUAAAAGAAAAA